CAUUUUACUAUGAUCAGCCACCAUUUUCCACGGAAAAAUGGUUCAAGGAACCUCAAGCUCUGCCUAUAAAUAUGUCCUCUAUUGAUAGAACACAAAGAUAACUGCAUCAAAGGCAAGAAAUGCAGAACCAAAAAGGCCAUGUCAUUGUGCUCACAUAUCCUGCUCAGGGGCACAUAAAUCCACUCCUCCAGUUUGCUAAACGCUUAACCUUCAAAGGCCUCAAGGCUACUCUAGCCACCACCCAUUACACUGUCAAAUCCAUCCAUGAAACCUCUGUAGGAGUUGAACCCAUCUCUGAUGGCUAUGAUGAAAGUGGAUUCAAGCAAGCCCCAAGUGUAGAAGCCUACUUAGACUCAUUCAAAACAGUUGGCUCAAGAGCUUUAUCAGAGCUCAUACUCAAGUUCAGUGCCUCAGGCUCACCUGUCAACUGUAUUGUGUAUGAUUCAUUGCUUUCUUGGGCAAUUGAUGUGGCCAAAAAGUUCAAUAUCUAUGGAGCUGUGUUCUUGACAAACUCAGCUUCUGUCUGCUCCAUGUACUGGCAUAUCAUUCAUGGGCAUCAGGCUUUUCCUGUGAAGCAAGAAACUGAGCCUUUGCUGAUGCCUGGCCUUCCUCCACUUGCUCUUUCUGACUUGCCAAUUUUUAUUUCACAGCCUGCUCCUCACUCUCCCUAUUUGGCUCUCAUCUUGGAACAGUUUAGCAGUCUGGAGGAAAAUGACUGGGUGUUCUGCAACUCCUUUGAAGAGUUGGAAAGCGAGCUUGUGAAGGAAAUGCUGGGACUGUGGCCCCUGGUGAUGAUCGGUCCAAUGGUGCCAUCAAGCUACUUGGACCAAGAAAUUGAAGGAGACAGAGAUUAUGGAGCCAAUCUUUGGAAGCCAACUACAGACCAGUGCAUGAAAUGGCUGGAGAAGAAACCACCUGAAAGUGUGAUAUACAUUUCAUUUGGAAGCAUGGCAGAUAUUGCAGCUAAACAGGUUGAAGAAAUUGCAUGGGGCUUGAAAGCAAGUAAUCAGAAUUUUCUAUGGGUUGUGAAAGAGCCCAAGACCAAAUUGCCAGAUGAAUUCCUGAGCUCAAUAGGUGAAACUGGUUUGGUGGUGACAUGGUGCAACCAACUAGAGGUUCUAGCGCACCAGGCUGUGGGUUGUUUUAUAACUCACUGCGGAUGGAAUUCCACGUUGGAGGGGUUGAGCCUAGGCGUGCCGAUGGUGGCAAUGCCACAGUGGAGCGACCAGCCAACUAAUGCCAAAUUUGUGGAGGAGUUGUGGGGGGUUGGGGUGAAAGUUAAGAAAAGUGAAGAGGGAAUUGUGAGUAGGGAAGAGCUAGAGAUGUGUAUAAGGGAAGUCAUGGUUGGAGAAAGAAGCGGACAGAUAAAAAAGAAUUCCCUGAAAUGGAGAGAGGCUGCAAAGAAAGCUGUUAGUAUUGGUGGAACCUCAGAUUACAACAUCAAUGAAUUUAUACUGAAGCUUCUUAGUGGACAGGGAAAGAAGAUUUGGUAGUUGGAGGAACUUGCGACAUGUUAAUAAUGUAAAAAUGAACUUUCGACACCGAAAGAAGUCUAAGUAACAAUAAACUGAAGCAAUCUAGAAUUCAG